UUUUCUACCGUCCACCAGCGCGGGAGGCUGCGGCUUCACCUGCUUUCUUAUUUUUAAUUUCAGCACUUAGUUUCAUUUGCUUUCCGUGCACUGGCAUCUCUUUGUGAAAGCAUUCGGGUUUUUUUCUUUUUCAAACUGCCAUUCAGUGUAACGCGACUGAAGAUGCUCAGCUGUCACGCUGCCCAGGAUACGACGGAUACAUCCCGUAAACGCACGUGAAGUGCUCGUUACCAGCGCAGUCCGGCCAGUGUAUCUGCAGAGCUGCAGGAGAGGCAGCAGUAGCGGAUGCAGUGGAAAGGAGCGAUGGUGGAGCCGCAGUGGGGACGCACUGACGGAAAGUGAACUAGCCCCCUAGCUGGGGUCCGAGCCGGCUGUGUGGGCAGGACAGGGACACUGAGCAGAGGAGGAAUCUGGCAAGAAAAGUGGAUGUCCAUUCUAGCGUACUAAGCGCAGUCCCACAGCUCCUGCAGUGCUUCUACCCAGACUUGCAGGAUGACCGUAGUGGCCGGAGAUAACAUGGAUGAGACGUCAGCCGUGCCGGGGCAUCCGCAGGACACAUAUCCUCCCGACCAUGAUGACCACGAAUGCUGCGAGAGAGUGGUCAUCAACAUCGCUGGGCUGCGCUUUGAAACCCAGCUCAAAACCCUCGCUCAGUUUCCAGAGACACUAUUAGGGAACCCCAAGAAGAGAAUGCGUUACUUCGAUCCCCUGAGAAAUGAGUAUUUCUUCGAUCGAAAUCGCCCCAGUUUUGAUGCCAUCCUCUAUUACUACCAGUCAGGGGGUCGGCUGAGGAGACCUGUGAAUGUCCCACUGGAUAUGUUCUCAGAAGAAAUUAAGUUCUAUGAACUUGGAGUGGAAGCAAUGGAGAAGUUUCGUGAGGAUGAGGGCUUCAUCCGAGAAGAAGAAAGGCCACUGCCCGAACGCGAGUUCCAGCGUCAAAUCUGGCUUCUGUUUGAACAUCCUGAGAGUUCGGGACCAGCCAGAGGAAUUGCUAUAGUCUCUGUUAUGGUCAUUUUAAUUUCCAUCGUCAUUUUCUGUUUGGAGACUUUGCCUGAACUGAAAGAGGAUCCUGAGGGACGAAUGCAGACAAUUGGAAACAGCACCUUCUUCUACAAACCAAACAUCCUCACCGAUCCCUUCUUCGUUGUAGAGACCCUUUGCAUAAUCUGGUUCUCAUUUGAACUUAUAGUACGGUUCCUUGCAUGUCCGAGCAAGGCAGCCUUCUUUAAGAACAUGAUGAACACCAUAGAUAUAGUAGCUAUUAUCCCCUAUUUCAUUACACUGGGCACAGAGCUGGCAGAAGAUGCAGAUGGUAAGGAGGGCAAGGGGGAGCAAGCAACAUCGCUGGCCAUUCUCAGGGUGAUUCGUCUGGUCAGGGUGUUUAGGAUCUUUAAGCUGUCCAGGCAUUCCAAAGGCCUGCAGAUUUUAGGGCAGACCCUAAAGGCCAGUAUGCGGGAGCUUGGUUUGCUCAUAUUCUUUCUGUUCAUCGGCGUCAUCUUGUUUUCGAGUGCUGUGUACUUUGCGGAAGCUGAGGAGACAGAGUCGCACUUCAGCAGUAUCCCUGAUGCAUUCUGGUGGGCCGUUGUGUCAAUGACCACAGUAGGCUAUGGAGAUAUGGUCCCAGUGACUAUAGGGGGCAAAAUUGUAGGUUCCUUGUGUGCAAUCGCUGGUGUGCUGACCAUUGCCCUACCAGUGCCUGUCAUCGUAUCCAACUUCAACUACUUCUACCAUAGGGAGACUGAGGGUGAGGAGCAGGCCCAGCUUUUGAAUGUAAGCAACCCCAACAUCGCGUCUGACUCCGAUUCAAGCCGUCGCAGUUCCUCAGUCGCCAGCAAGUCUGAGUACAUGGAAAUCGACGGAGACAUGAACAACAGCAUAGACAACUUCAGAGAGGCCAACCUCAGAACUGGCAACUGCACCAUAGCCAAUCAAAACUGUGUUAACAAAAGUAAGCUGCUGACAGAUGUUUAGAGUUCAGUGAUGAACAGUGGGACUGUAAAGAUUCAGUCAAAUGUUGACUGCUUCAGUAUUUGAAUGCUUCAUUAAAUUCCCUAAUGCACUCCUGCAUUGCAACUAUUAUACUUUGCAGAUGAAAGGAGAACAGACCAAAAGAUACAACAUGCAGUUAGAAUAUGAGACCGAUAAAUAUGUAUAUAUAGUUAGUGUAAAUCAUUCACAGCACGUCCAGAAACAUGCCUACUUAACUGACAGAUUCUCUAGAGGCCCUGGUGAGGACUCUGGAUGGCUGUUCCCAGCUGGCGGUGGUGCAAUUGCUGAAACAUUAUGCAUGGAUCACAGAUUACAUGUCAGCAAGUUGCACAGUGCAUCUAAGGCGAAAACGCAUAAAAAUACUCAGUUCCACAAGGACAAGCCAAGCCAUCUGCAGCGCUUGGCCUGUGUGUGGUCUUCCCCACAGCACUCCAGACCUACUGACCAGCAAAGCACCUUAUACGAACAAGACUGAUCUCCUGCGGGGAUGCCAUGAGGGACGAAGUCAUCUCCUCAUGAACAUCCGCAAUGCUGCUAUUCUCCAGCAGAUGCUGUAAUUUAGAUAUCACCAAGUGAUUCGAUGCCAUGCCCUUUCGAUGCAAGACAGCACAAUGACAGGGGAAAAAAUAGCUUAUUAAUAAGCAUGUUUAGAUUAUCCUCAUUUUGAUAUCGGCAUGCGUGAGACAUUACCUCAUUCUAUGGAUCUUUUUUUUAAACCUUUUU